GAAGAGCAGAGAACAAAGACUGUGAACAGGAUCUGGAAGGAAACCCAGGCAGAUCAGCCUGUACUUACCAGCUGUUCUGAUCUCCUGAAACACCAGAACCGGCACUCUGCAUCCCAUCUGGUUCCUGAACAUCCCAGCUUAGAUGAUUCCAUAGAGAGCUACCCCAGUGACCUUGCUCCCAGAGAAGAGCUGACCUCUCAGAAGGUCCACUCACAUCAUCACUCAGAAGCAGUAUUAUCAGCUGCUCCCAGUCAUGGGUCAGACCUCCUCUGCUACACCCCCUCAGAAGGAGGAUCCUGUUUUAACCUCCAGCCUUGACUCCAAUCUUCAAAAUUUCAAGAUGGAAACCAAAGUCCUGUCUCAGGAAUUAACCACCUUGAUUGGAUCAUACCUAGAGGAUGGAAACCUCCCGGGAACAAUUUCUGCAAUCAGAGAUGCUCUGAGUGUCAUUGAGAAAGCCCCACUAAACAUUGCAGUGAUGGGGGAGACAGGGGCUGGAAAAUCCAGUCUCAUCAAUGCUCUACAGGGAGUGGGGCCUGAUGAAGAGGGUGCGGCUGCUUCCACUGGAGUGACAUGUACAACCACUGAGAGGACAUCAUACCCAUACUCAAAGUUUCCCAGUGUGACACUAUGGGACCUGCCUGGCAUUGGGUCUACUGUCUUCCAACCACAUGAUUAUCUGAAGAAAAUCAAGUUUGAGGAGUAUGACUUCUUCAUUAUUGUCUCUUCUGGACGCUUUAAACAUAAUGAUGCAGAACUAGCCAAAGCCAUUGUGCAAGUGAAUAGGAGUUUCUAUUUUGUACGAACCCACACAGAUCAUGAUCUAAUGGUUCAAAAACAGUGUAGUCCUCGGAGAUUCAAUAGAGAGAAUGUCUUAACACAGAUUCGAAAUUCCAUUUCAAGUAUACUUAAGGAAGUUACCCAGCAGGAGCCUCCAGUCUUCUUAGUCUCUAACUUUGAUGUGUCUGACUUUGACUUCCCAAAGCUGGAGACCACCCUUCUGAGGGAGCUCCCAUCCCACAAACGCCACCUCUUCAUGCUCACUUUGCCAAUUGUUGCUCAUUCUACCAUAGACCAGAAGAGGGAUGCACUGAAACAGAAGAUCUGGAAGGAAUCAGUAAUGCCAAGAGCAUGGGCCACCAUACCAUUUAUGGGCUUGACCAAAAAUGACAUAGAGAAGUUGGAAGAGACUUUGAACCUCUGCAGAUCUUCCUUUGGCCUGGAUGAGGCAUCCCUGGAGAACAUUGCUGAGGAUUUGCACAUGCCACUAGAGGAUCUCAAGGCAAACAUUAAGUCUCCACAUUUGUUUUCAGAAGAGCAGGGUAAAUCCUUAACAGAUAAACUAUUAGAGUACAUUAGCCGUCCUUACUUUUCAAAGGCUUUCCACUUGCAAAAUUACUUCAUUGACACUGUGGCAAAUGAUGUUAAAAUUCUCCUUAGCAAAGAAGAGCUUUUUAUGGAGAAGCCUCUUCUACUGCAAACAGCCACAGGCAAGCCUUCCAGAACCGCUGAUCCAAUGGCUCAGCUUUUGGCAUCCAGCUUUGAAAACUUCUUUAAGAAUUUCAAGAAGGAAAGCAAAAUCCUCUCUGAGGAAACCAUCACCUUGAUUGAAUCCCACCUGGAGAAUAAGAACCUUCCAGGAGCAGCUUCUGUGAUCAGCGAUGCUCUGAGAAACAUCGACAGAGCCCCGCUGAACAUUGCGGUUACAGGAGAAACAGGGGUGGGCAAAUCCAGCUUUAUCAAUGCCCUGAGGGGAGUGUGGGAUGAAGAAGAAGGUGCAGCCCCCACUGGGGUGGUAGAGACAACCAUGAAGAGAACUCCAUACCCACACCCAAAGCUUCCCACAGUGACAAUCUGGGACCUGCCUGGCAUUGGGUCCACUACCUUCCCACCACAAAACUACCUAACUGAAAUGAAGUUUGGUGAGUAUGACUUCUUCGUUAUCAUCUCGGCUACACGCUUCAAAGACACUGAUGCACAUCUGGCCAAAGCCAUCGCCAAGAUGAAUACCAAGUUCUACUUUGUCCGCACCAAGUUAGAUCAUGAUUUGAGUAAUGAACAGAGGAGAAAACCUAAGACUUUCAAUAGGGACAGUGUCUUAAAGAAAAUCCGAGAUGACUGUUCAAAGCAUCUCCAGGAGACCCUCUCCAGUGAGCCUCCAGUCUUCUUGGUCUCUAACUUUGAUGUGUCUGACUUUGAUUUCCCAGAGCUAGAGACCACCUUACUGAGAGAGCUCCCAGCCCACAAGCGACACAUCUUCAUGAUGUCCCUGCACAGUGUUACAGAGACUGCCAUUGACCGGAAGAGGGAUUUCCUGAAACAGAAGAUCUGGCUGGAGGCCUUGAAGGCGGGAGCAUGGGCCACCAUUCCAUUUGGGGGCUUGAUCAGAGAUAAAACACAGAAGGUAGAGGAGACCUUGGAUCUCUACAGGUCUUACUUUGGGCUAGAUGAUGCCUCACUGGAGAAUAUUGCCAAGGAUUUUAACGUGUCUGUGAAUGAAAUCAGGGCACACCUUAAGUCUCUCCAUUUGCUAACAAGGACCAAAGACAUGUCCUUGGAAGAAAAAUUAUUGAAAUAUAUUGAAUAUAUUUCCUCCGUUACUGGGGGGCCACUGGCCACAGGCCUUUACUUUAGAAAGACUUACUAUUUGAAAAAUCUCUUCAUUGAUACCGUGUCAAGUGAUGCCAAGACUCUUCUCAAUAAGGAGGAGUUUUUAUCACAGAAGCUGGGGUCAUGUGUGUCUGAUGACCCAGAGUACUGGGAAGCAGCUAUGGACCUAUGAGGCAUGUACCUUCCGGCUGGCUCUGACUUACAGCCUACUUUGAAAUAGCAAUCAUUUUCAGUGAGAGACCAGAGGAUUCACCAUCCCUUUCCUCUUUCAGAGACAGACUGUCACUGUAGCAAGUGGAAGAAGAGUCAUCAACAGUGUAAAAACACAUGAGAAAGGCUGUCUCCCAUUAAAAUACCAUGUAUGAGAAUACAUAGUUUUAUACAUAUGACUUACAAUAUCUUUGUCCAAUUAAACUUGGAUCUUUUGUCUCACAGAGAUUCUCCAGGCAUUGACACACUCUCCUAAGAUGAAGAACCUAGUUUCCUGCCUUGGUGGAUAUCUUUUGGGGUUUAUGAAGUACAGGAUGCUGGUUCCCAGCACACAUCUCCACAUGAAGUGGUAUCUCCUGGAUAUGAUAGACACAUGGUAGAUAAGAUUGGGACCACUGUUCAUUCUCCCUCCAGGAUGGACUCAAGAGACACAUGGUAGAUGGGAGUGUGACCACUGCCCAUGAUCCCUCCAGGUAAUGCAUGGAUGGGUGAACACAUCCACAGGUCCUCUCAAUCCUUGAAAACAAGGAUAUUUUAUUCCAUAUCCUUUAUCAGUCAACCUGAAUGAGUUCAAACUUCAGCUUGUAGGCAGCACAGGCACUAAUUAAAUUGUCUUUCCUUGUGGUAAGAUCACUCCAAAACACUACCUUACUGUUUCAUGUCCAGUGGAGGUGUUGGUACUUUCCUUCACUUGAGAGGUCAGCAUGUGGAGCUGUAGACAGCUUCUUUGUCCACAGCAUCCUACUGAGAACUGGUAUCACUUUUGGACAUCUGAUAUCACUCUUUGCUAAAAUUCCAGUGUUGCUUUCUGUAUGUAUAGCUGCCCUUCUAGAAGGUGGGUCGAGUGGUGCAUGGGAUCCCAUGUGCAGAAAGCAAGCGUGGACAUUUUUGCUCUACUUUAGGGUUCUUCAGAGAACAGGAAGCAAUAUAUCAUAUCCAUAUCUCCUUAUAAUUAUGUUUGGAUCUAUAUAGUAUUUGUAUUAAUUCCUUUUAUGUCACAGUGUCCUAAACACCUGACAGAAACUACUUAAGAGAAGAAAGUUUUAGUCUGGCUCAUGUUUUGGAGCCCUGCACUCUGUCAUAUGGAAGGGGCCUGGUGAGAGAAAGAACUCGCUGUAGGAGAAGGCUGGGAGCGUCGUGGCAGAAAGAGCUAGGUAACAACAAGGGGCAGGAGUAACAAGUCCUGGCCCUUGUGACCUAACCCCUACCUCCUAAAGGCUCAGCAACAUUCACAACUGUUAUGCCGUGCUGGGGACCAGGUGUUUAACACAAGAGCAUGUGAUGGUCUUCAAACCACAGUACUAUCAUAUCCAUAAUUUAUCAUGUCUCUCUCCUCAACUUCCUCUCCUCCUUUCUCUUCCUCUUUCCCUCAUCUCCCUCUUUCUUCUCCUCUUCCUUCUCCUCUUCUUCUCCCUGGCUUCUCUCUCUGCUUCUCUCCUUGCUUCUGUCUCUCACUGGCUCACUCUGCUGUGUGCCUUGGAAAGCACAUUAUCACCAGGGCAACCUUGCAGCCUGGAAUCCUUGGAAAAGUUGAUAGUACAGCUUCUGUCCAAACAGUAAUAAUUGUUUCCUUUCCUUCUUGGGAGUGUCGCGGUUUGCUUUGGUUCAUUUUUGUUUACUUCUAAGGUCUUCAGUUGGUUAGACAGGGGCAUUUACAGUAGAGGAGGGUCAUCUGAAGCAGUCAAAGCCUCAUGCUUCAAAAUAUAAUCUCAUCUAAAAAUUACUUUAACCAAAACAUCUAUACUGGUGUGUUGCUUGCUCUGCAGCUGGGGUCCCACUGUCUCUGAUCCCGGGGGCACGGGGCGAAUAAACGCAGAACCAAAUGAAACAGGCUCUUGGAGUUUGUAAGCAAUCUCGUUUAUUAAACAAAGGACUGAGGUAUUUAUGUGUGUACUUUUGGGCGGGCUCUGCUUCCAGCUGCUGUGGUGUUUCCUGGUUGGCUCUGGGUCGUGUGUCAGCAGUGGUCAUCUUGAGGGUCCAGUUUCAGGGUCCUCUGGGUCUGGAUACUACUGCACAUGUCAGAGCUCUUUGUUAGCUUAAGGCAUGGCCCAGUGCUCUAGGCCUUAUCUGCCUCACUGGUGUUUGGUAAAUACUUGGGUACUGUCUUAGUUAGGGUUUCUAUUGCUGCAAAGAGACACCUUGAGACCGGCAACUCUAAUAAAGGAAAAAAUUUAAUUGGGACUAGGUUACAGUACAGAGGUUUCAUCCAUUAUCAUCCUGAUGGGUGGCAUGCAAGCAGACCUGGUGCUGGAAAAGGAGCUGAGAGUUCUGCACCUUGAUCCACAGUCAGUAGAAGGAGUCUGUGUUCUACACUGGACAUAACUUGAGAGUAGGAGACAUGAAAGCCUGACCACCCUACAGUGACACACUUUCUCUAACAAAGCCACACUUCCUCAUAGUGCUACUCCCUAAGGAGGCCAUUUUAUUUCAAACCGCCACAGGUACCAUCACCUAGACAAGAUAAUAUGUAAAAUUAAUUUCCUCAAGCCCCAUAAUUAUCCUAACCCACUGUAUACCAGCAAAUAUAUAUAUAUAGUUAAAAAGUUAUAGUUACAAUUGUACUUACUUGUAGAUACAGUGUGACAAUGUGACUCAAAUAAACAAUACAUAAUUAUCAAAUCUUGAGAGAUGGCUCAGCAGUUAAGAGCACUGACUGCUCUUCCAGAGGACCUGGAUUCAAUUGCCAGCAUUCACAUUGCAACUCAUAACUGUCUGUAACUCCAGCUCCAGGGCAUCUGACACCCUCAGAGAGACAUGCAUGCAAGCAAAACACCAAUGAACAUGAAAUAAAAAUAAACAAAUCAUUUUUUAAAGUCUGAGGAGUCAGGCUUCCAUAUUCUUACUCAUAUUAAAAUUAUUGUUACUAACAGAUAAUAAUUGCCACUAUUAAUAAGUACAUGUAUACAGUAGAUGCUGACCAAUUGAGGAUACAUUUAUCAUUUUACUGUCCUUGCCCAGUCUCUGGGGCAUCUGAGCAUCUCUGUUGUGCUCAUUCAUAAAGAGCACCACAGGUUAUUUUAAAGAAUAAUCUCUGUGCUGUGCUGCAGCACAUCACAACCUACUCCUUCCGUUUAACCCUUUUGGGACCUGUUAUCCAAACUCUCUCUGCUCCUCUCUUCACCUUUCCAGCUUCUAGGAAUCGCUAUUCUACAGUCACAUCAAUCACUGGAGUGUACCACUGCAAGUGUGUAGUAUUCGCAAGUAAUUUCUACUCUUUCUGAUUCAUUGUCCUCUGUGACACCAUCUACUGAGCAGUCUGCUCCUGGUGACCACUUACCUGCCUCUGUGUCAUGGAGAACACCCAGGGCCCAGUCUCAAGGAGGCUUUAAUCUAUUUCUGUGUGGUUCAACACUAACAGUCACAGUGGGAAGCCAUUACUGUAGUGUAUGUAGCGAGGGAAGCCGUCAGCAGAGAAGUCCAUUAUGAACAGGAGGCUUCUUGUCAUGUAUAUGGGAAGUGUUUCUAUAUAUCGCAGGUUUGUGUGUGAUGGUUUAUAUGGACUGUCAACAUGACAAGAUCUAGAGUCACAUUGGAGACAAAUCUCUGGGAAUGUCUGUAAGGGAUUAUCUGAUUAAAUUAAUCAAGAUGGGAAGACCCGCCAUGAAUGUGGGCAGCGCCAUUCCCUAGGCUGGAGCCCUGGACGGCAUAAAAUGGAGAAAGCCCUUGAGCGCCAGCCUUCAUCUCUCUCUGCUCCCUGACUGCAGGUGCCAUGUGAUCAGCUGUGUUCCCCAUCACAACAGACUGUAGCCUGAACUGUGAACCCAAAUAAACUCCUUCCCUCUUAAAUUGUUUUUGCCAGGGUAUUUUAUCACAGUAACAGGAAAACUAAUACAAGUAACUGUGCGGCUAGGCAGUUGUGGCACACACCUUUAAUCACAGCACUCAGGAGACAGAAACAGGAGGAUCUCUGUGAAUUCAAGGCUAGCCUGGUCUACAGAGCAAGUUCCAAGAUAUCCGAGGCUACACAGAGAAAUCCUGUCUUAGGAUUUCUAGUGCUGUGAAAAGACA